GUGCAGCCCGGUGGGGCGGGCGGUGCAUGCCUCGCUCUAUAUUCCGUGACAUUCGACGUGUUUGCUUUGAUUGUGUCACGCGUGGAAUGUCUUUGUUCUUUGAAGGAAGAAAAACAUGACACGGAAAAAAAUAUAUAACAAAACUUCAAACACCGCCCGCCGCCGGCACCUUACCAUAUUUGAAAGGAGCGCACUUGUCGUUGCUAUGGUGACGCUUCUGUAAACAGAGACACAACAGACUGAUCAGAUCGUCCCGAGUGGUCGUCAUGACAGCAGGAUCAGUGUCUGCUCCUCUCAUCAUUCCCAUCAUACACCUGCACACACACACACACAGAGCCAAGAACCACAUCGACACCAACACACCUGUGUCUGUCCAUUCAGAUUCUCCUCAUGUUGUCAUCUUCUACACUCUCGACGGCUCCAGGCCAGUGUCGGGGCAUAGCUUAGAACGACGGGGCUCUGAGAGGCAGGGCUUAGAGGGCAGAAGUCACAGAUACAGUGAGCCACUCCUACUUCCUGCUGGACGAGUGACUGUCAGAGCUGUGGCUGUAUCCAGGGACGGCAGACUCAGCUCUGUGGUGACAAAGGUCUUCAGCGUUGACUUGGUGGACUCUGACAACAGAAAGCAGACAGAGCAGAACUUCCUGUUGAGGGAGCAGCAGCAGGUGACAGACAGAAGCGUGUGCUCUCGUCAGAACUCGUCCAUUUCCUCGCUGAGGCGCUCAGGUGCGUUCCUGGAGGCGGUCCCUGACGACAGUGAUGCCACACGUUCACCUGGUCAGUCCUCGCACCUGUAUUCAGAGCAGAGCAUGAUGGGAAACGACUCUCAGCAGUCAGGACCUCGUUUCCUGACCCAUCGACCAGUUUCUCUGACCACAGCCACAUCUGCGACUUCAGGUGUGAAGCAGCUCAGCAGCUCCAACAUGUCACACAACGACUUCCUGCGGUGUCCUCAGUGUCUCAGUCUUCGUCCCUCAGACCCGUUUGCUAGGUUCUGUUCUCACUGUGGAGCUGUGGUUCCUGCGUUACCUGAACAGAGACUGCCCCCUGCUGAAGGAGAACAGGUUGUGUGUGAUUUUUGUAACAAUGUGGUUCCUGUCAACGCUCACACCUGUUUGAUCUGUGACGCCCCUGUCCAAUCACAGGCCAGAGUCACACUGCAGGACCAUGUCGUUUGUGUUUCCUGUGGAUCUGGGAAUCCAGGUCACAUGACCACCUGUCUGACCUGUGAGAGUCACCUGCAGCAGGAGGUGUGUAACAGCGCCCCCUCUGUUCCUUCAGCACACAGCAGGAUGUUGUCCUGUUCCAGAUGUAAACGUUUAAACCACAGUGAUGCAAGGUUCUGUGACUGGUGCGGCUGUCAGCCUGGCCCCGCCUCCAGCUGUACGACGUGUUGGCGAUGUGGAGCAGGUGGACAAGCGUGCGCCCUCUACUGUGCAACCUGUGGUGUGAACCUGGACGCACCGGCCGCACCCACAUCCUGCAGUGACAUCACAGGACCUGCGGCAGUCUCUGCUUCCCAUGAUGCCACCUGGCAGGCCACGCCUUCACCUCACCCCACCCCCACUGUGAGGGUAGCCCCACCCACUACAGAUCAGUGGACCCAGACGAUUGGACUCUAUUACCCAUCAGCCAUUGAGCUCCACAGGAAGGAGCAGCAGAGGACGCUACAGUUGACCAAAGAACAGACGAACAGAGACCGACAACCGCCGCUGACCGCGGUCAGUCCAGGCCGAGGUUACUGGAGGAAACAGUUGGAUCAUGUUUGUGCUCACCUGAGAAGUUACACACAGAACAACGCCCCCUUCAGGACUCUGCUGGGAGAACCUCGUCUGGGCCGGGUGGUUUCUGCUGUGAUUGAAGACGACGGCUGUGAGGUGACUCUGAGCCUCAUCUUUGUUUCAGCUGCUCACAAACUAAAGGUGCGUCCUGAAGACGACGGCGCAGGUCCGGCAGCUUCCAGUGUGGGACCAGCAGGUGGUGCUUCACCUGCAGGAUGGACGGAGAGUCUGAGCAACGUGACGGAGCGCUUUGACGACGGUGGCAGCCUCAGAAGUGAUCGCAGCACCGCUGCAAUAAAACGCCACAAAAUGAACCUAACGCCCAAACCUGCGGUGAAGGACAUUCAGCUGUUUAAAGAACUGGCUCCAGGUCGAGGUCACGUGGGCGUCGUCCAGCAGCUCCUGGAUCUGGGGGCAGACCCCUGCUGCUGUGGCAGCGAUGGCCGACACGCCCUGGCCGUUGCCGUAGUAAACGGUCACCAUGACGUGAUUCCUGUUCUGGUGCAACGAGGAGCCGACGUCAACCAGCGAUCUGGCCGGAUGAAGAACACAGCUCUACAUGAAGCUGCAGCUCAGGGAUCAGAGGGACUGAAGGGAGCUCAGGUCCUGCUCAGCUGCAGGGCCAGUGCGAGGCGCAGGAACGCCUGCGGUCAGACGGCGUACGAUGUCGCGGUGACUUCAGGUUCUAACGACAUGACGUCUCUGCUCGCCGCUCAGACAGGGCUCCACCUGCUGGACAAACUGAGAAAAUCCAAACUCAACCUGGACGUCACCUGACCACGUCAUCACAUGUUUAUUAGCCCCGCCUCUAUGUGUUUAUGACAUUACUGUAAAUAAAAGACAAGUGUUUGAAACAAA